AUGCGCUUCUCCCUCACCGCACUCCUUGCUAUGGCAACAGUGGCCCAGGCCACCACUACACCCCCGGCCAGCACGACCACGGGCGCUGUCAACGCCACUGCCGCAAAAGGCAAGUCGGCCUCGGUAACAGCCUCGCACUCGACUCCGGCUACUCACAGCACCAGCACCAAGAACGCCGGCCCAAAGGAGACUGCGGCUAUUGCCCUUGGCGUCAUGGUUGGCGGGAUGGGCCUUGCUGUCAACCUUUGA